UCGCAGAGUGAAGAGAGUCUCGGAGCAGGAACUGACGAAUGUACAUGUGCGUAUAGAAAAGCUAGCAACUGUAAUUACUCUUUUCAUGUUAUUCCGCACAGAGGAUGCAGUCUAUACGAUGAGAGGAUUUUUCCCGGUUUUAUGUAGCGAAUAAAAACAGUUAGGGUAUGAUUUUAUAAGAAGUUAUGCAGCGUUGGUCAAGAUUGAUGCGCGUUCUUUGGGAUAAAACAUUUUUUAUCUUAUUAUUGUCUUUUUAUUUUAUCUUAUUUUAAGCUAAAAUGGCUUUAGUAGUGUACCUGAAGACUGUCACGGAGCUUCGUGGAAAGGGGGACCGCAUCGCUAAAGUGACUUUCAGAGGUCUUUCCUUCUUCUCUCGGGUACUGGAAAACUGCGAGGAUGAAGCUCGGUUCGAGCAGGCCUUCCGUUGGCCAAUUGGGAGUCAAGUGGAUGGCAACGAGAUGCUGGAGAUCCAAGUGUUUAAUUACAGCAAAGUCUUCACUAACAGGUUAAUUGGCACUUUCUGCAUGGUUCUGCAGAAGGUGGUGGAGGAGGGUCACUUGGAGGUGUCUGACACUCUUAUUGAUGACAAUAACACAGCCAUACAGACAAGUAUUUCCAUAGAGAUCAAAUAUCAGACCAUGGAUGGGAGUGUGAAGGUGUGGAGCGAUGGUGAAUUCCUUGAUAUUCCAGAUGACUGUGAUGGAACUUUCCAGUUUGAAACAGACAGUCUACUCUCUGGACGCAGCCAGGGCUCCAGGACGUCACCUGGACGAUCUGUCCACGGCAUUCCCACAUUCCGCAAGACGGGAAAAGGUGUGUUUUCAGCAAUGAAACUGGGCAAGACACGUGUCUCUAAAGAUGGACACAAAAAAGGAGAUGAUCCUGCCAUUUUGGAUGCAGAAAAUCUGGAUCGAAAGGUCAUGCGUCUGGGCGGUGGGGUCGACCAUGAUACCAUCUCACUGGCCUCUGUUACUGCAGUUACCACUAAUGUCUCCAACAAAAGAUCAAAGCCUGACAUUAAGAUGGAGCCCAGUUCAGGGCGUCCUGUAGAUUAUCAGAUUAGUGUUACAGUAAUCGAGGCACGUCAGUUGGUUGGUUUGAACAUGGAUCCUGUGGUUUGUGUGGAAAUUGGCGAGGAGAAGAAGUAUACAUCAAUGAAGGAGUCAACAAACUGCCCCUACUACAAUGAGUACUUUGUCUUUGACUUCCAUGUGCCUCCAGAUGUCAUGUUUGACAAGAUCCUAAAGAUAUCAGUAAUACAUUCGAAAAACCUUCUACGAAGUGGUACUCUGGUGGGCACCUUCAAAUUAGAUGUGGGAACUGUUUACUCACAACCUGAACAUCAGUUUCACCACAAAUGGGCAAUGCUGUCAGACCAUGAUGACAUCACAGCUGGCUGCAAAGGUUACGUUAAGUGUGACAUUGCAGUCAUAGGAAAAGGAGACAACAUCAAGAUUCCCCACAAGGCCAAUGAAACAGAUGAGGAUGACAUAGAGGGGAAUCUUCUUUUGCCGGAGGGUGUUCCGUCAGAGAGACUAUGGGCUCGGUUUUAUGUCAAGGUUUAUAGAGCUGAGGGACUACCUAAAAUGAACACCAGCAUCAUGGCCAACGUGAAGAAAGCUUUUAUCGGGGAGAACAGGGACCUUGUGGACCCUUAUGUCCUGGUGCAAUUUGCAGGGCAGAAAGGUAAAACAUCAGUUCAGAAAAGCAGCUACGAGCCCAUCUGGAAUGAGCAAAUAAUCUUCACCGAGAUGUUCCCACCUUUGUGUAGGCGACUGAAAGUUCAGAUCCGUGAUUCAGACAAGGUGAAUGAUGUCGCCAUAGGAACCCAUUUCAUCGAUCUACGAAAGAUCGCAAAUGAUGGAGACAAAGGGUUCCUUCCCACUAUGGGCCCGGCCUGGCUGAAUAUGUAUGGUUCUACCCGUAACUACACCCUGAUGGAUGAGCACCAGGACUUGAACGAGGGGCUGGGAGAAGGUGUGUCCUUCAGGGCACGCCUCCUCAUUAGUAUCGCAGUGGAGAUCCUGGACACCUCUUCCGCAGAAAUAAUGAGCUCAACUGAGGUACAAAUAGAGCCGGUGUCCAACAUCUCAGAGAGUGCCACAGGAAAAUUGGAGGAGUUUUUCCUUUUUGGGUCAAUCUUGGAGGCCACAAUGAUAGAUAGAAAAAUUGGAGAUAAACCUAUCAGCUUUGAAGUCACUAUCGGUAACUAUGGGAAUCAGAUUGACGGCAUGAGCAAGUCUUCAUCAGCAAAGAAGAAGAAAGAGGAUGGAGAAGAGAGUGAAGAAGAGGAGACCGAGCUCAUCCACAACUCCAGCGAUGAAGAGGCAGAGGAUGAUGAAGAUUUGACGUCUGUGCCGUCCACCCCUCCUAUGAAACCAGUUAUCACUGACAGAAAUUACUUCCACUUGCCUUACUUUGAAAAGAAACCCUGCAUUUACAUCAAGAACUGGUGGCAAGACCAGAGAAGACGGCUCUACAACUCCAAUAUAAUGGACAAGAUAGCAGAUAAACUGGAGGAAGGUCUGAAUGACGUUCAAGAAAUCAUAAAAACAGAGAAGGCUUAUCCAGAACGCAGACUUAGAGGUGUAUUAGAAGAGCUCAGCACAAGUUGCAGUCGAUUUGUUACACUGGCAAACAAAGAUCAGAAUCUAUCCGGAAGAACCAGGCUGGACAAGGAGAGGCUGAAGUCCUGUAUGAGAGAGAUGGAGAGUAUGGCUCAGCAGGCGAAGACUAUUCGCACACAAGUGAAGAGAAACACGGUUCGAGACAAACUCAAGCUAGUGUUCAAUUUCCUUCACAGACUUCGUUUCCUGGCAGAUGAGCCCCAGCACAGCAUCCCUGAUGUGUUCAUAUGGAUGAUUAGCAACAACAAACGCAUAGCGUACGCCCGCAUACCCUCCAAAGACAUCCUCUACUCAAUUGUUGGCGAAGAGAUGGGAAAAGACUGUGGGAAAGUUAAAGCUGUUUUUCUCAGGCUGCCUGGAAAGAAAGGCUUUGGGCCUGCUGGCUGGACAGUUCAGGCUAAACUGGAGAUGUAUUUGUGGCUGGGGUUGAACAAACAGAGGAAAGACUUCCUGAGUGGCCUCCCUAGCGGCUUUGAAGAAAACAAGGCAAUGAAAGGAACAGGCAUACAAACUGUUCCUCCCAUCAGCCUGGUUUAUAACAUGAAGCAGGUGUUUCAGCUGAGAGCCCACAUGUAUCAGGCUCGCAGUCUGUUUGCUGCUGACAGUAGUGGCCUGUCAGACCCUUUUGCAAGGGUUUUCUUCUCCACCCACAGCCAGGUGACAGAGGUCAUCAAUGAGACACUCUGUCCUACAUGGGAUCAGUUGCUUGUGUUUGAUAAUGUUGAACUCUAUGGUGAGGCUGGUGAGCUCCGUGAUGACCCUCCAAUUAUUGUUAUUGAACUGUAUGACCAAGACACUGUGGGGAAAGCUGAGUUCAUUGGGCGAACAUUUGCAAAGCCACUAACUAAGAUGGUUGAUGAACACUACGGGCCCCCACAGUUUCCUCCUCAGCUGGAAUACUAUCAGCUCUACAGAGGAAACUGCACUGCAGGAGAUCUGUUGGCUGCUUUUGAACUACUGCAGAUUGGUCCAGCAGGGCGGGCAGCACUUCCUCCAAUUGAUGGCCCGACUGAUUCUGACCGCGGACCCAUUCUGCCUGUUCCAUUGGGCAUACGACCAGUUCUCAGCAGAUAUCGCAUAGAGGUCCUGUUCUGGGGUCUCAGGGACCUUAAAAGAAUCAAUCUGGCCCAGGUGGACAGGCCUCGUGUGGACAUUGAGUGUGCAGGGAAAGGGGUUCAGUCAGCCCUCAUUCAGAAUUAUAAGAAGAAUCCAAACUUCAGCACGCUAGUAAAGUGGUUUGAAGUGGAUCUGCCAGAAAAUGAGCUACUUCAUCCACCACUCAAUAUACGGGUGGUGGAUUGCAGGGCAUUUGGACGCUUCACCUUGGUGGGGUCUUAUGCCGUGACCAGCCUUCGCAAGUUCAUCUACAGCCCCCCAGACAAGACUGCUAACAACUGGACUCACACUGCUAGACUGGCCAAUGGCUACAUGGCUCUCACGAAUGGGACAUCUCAUUCCUGCCCCCACUCCCACCCCAUUUCUCAUCCUUCAGGUGAUAUUGUGGUCAAUAUGGACCCUGAACCCAACAUUAAGAAGAUGAACACAGUUGUGAAGAUUGAUUCUACGACAGCUGCUGUUGUUAAAGUUGACUUGAAUGAAGAUGAGAUGGAUAAAGAGAAUGAGAAAAAGAAGAAGAAGAAGAAAAAGAAGGGAGAAGAAGUGGAUGAAGAAGAGCCGGAUGAAAGCAUGUUGGACUGGUGGUCCAAAUACUUUGCCUCAGUAGAGACUAUGAUGGAGAAUCUCAGAGCCCAGGAGGCCGCUCUGGCAGAGGCAGAGGAAAGAGAAGAUUUGGAGAUAGCAGCAGAGAGUGCAGAGAUCAAAGCUGAUGACUUUCCAGUGAAAGGCACCAAACUCAAGGAGAAGAGCAAAGACAAGAAGAGCUCCAAGGACAAAAAGAAGAACCAUGAGGGCACAGAAAAACAACCUCCAAAACGAAAAGUUGAUGAACUUGUGGUCUACAAUAAAGAGCUGGAGAUUGAAUUUGGUAACUUUGAGGACUGGCUCCACACCUUCAACCUGUAUAGAGGAAAGGCUGGAGAUGAUGAUGACCACAAUGUGGUUGAUGAUGACAGGAUUGUGGGCAGAUUUAAGGGCUCCCUCUGUAUGUAUAAACUACCACUCUCUGAGGAGAUCGCCAGAGAGGCAGGAUUUGAUCCAAACAUGGGCAUGUUCCAAAGUAUUCCUCACAAUGACCCUAUCAAUGUUCUCAUAAGAAUUUAUAUAAUCAGAGCCACAGACCUGCAUCCUGCGGAUAUAAAUGGUAAAGCAGACCCUUAUAUAGUCAUUCGAUUGGGAAAGACAGAGAUUCGGGACAAGGAAAACUACAUAUCCAAGCAGCUAAAUCCAGUCUUUGGAAAGUCAUUCGACAUAGAGGCCACAUUUCCAAUGGAGUCCAUGCUGACUGUGGCAGUAUAUGAUUGGGAUUUGGUUGGAACCGAUGACCUGAUUGGUGAGACUAAGAUUGAUUUGGAGAACAGAUACUACAGCAAACAUAGAGCCACAUGUGGCAUUGCGUCCAACUACUCUGUCCAUGGUUACAAUGUAUGGCGUGACCCUCAGAAGCCAACUCAGAUCCUUGCUAAGUUGUGCAGAGAAGGUAAAUUGGAUGGACCCCACUAUGGCCCUGGUGGGAGGGUCAAAGUUGGAAACCGCAUCUUUCUUGGGCCAACAGAAAUUGAGGAUGAGAGUGGUCUGAAGAAGCAGACCGAAGAACACUUGGCUCUUACUGUUCUUAGGCAUUGGGGGGAGAUCCCACGUGUUGGUUGCAAACUCAUCCCUGAGCACGUGGAGACCAGGCCGCUCCUCAACACGGACAAGCCAGGCAUAGAGCAGGGAAGGAUUGAAAUGUGGGUGGACAUGUUUCCUAUGGAUGUACCAGCACCAGGACCAGCCAUUGACAUAUCGCCACGCAAACCAAAGAGAUGUGAGCUCAGGGUGAUUAUAUGGAAUACUGACGAGGUAAUUCUGGAAGACGAUGAUUACUUCACAGGGGAAAAGUCCAGUGACAUUUUUGUGAGGGGCUGGCUAAAAGGACAGCAGGAAGAUAAACAGGACACAGACGUGCAUUAUCACUCUCUAACUGGGGAAGGGAACUUCAACUGGCGCUUUGUCUUCCCUUUUGACUAUCUCAUGGCUGAGGAGAAGAUAGUCAUCUCGAAGAAGGAAUCCAUGUUUUCCUGGGAUGAGACAGAGUACAAGAUUCCUGCUCGACUCACCCUUCAAGUAUGGGAUGCUGACCAUUUCUCUGCAGAUGACUUCCUGGGUGCGAUUGAGCUGGACUUGAAUAAGUUUCCCCGUGGGGCAAAAACAGCUAAGCAGUGCUCUCUCAACAUGGUUCUCAAAGAGCAUGAGCUACCAACCAUCUCCAUCUUCAAACAGAAGAGAGUGAAGGGCUGGUGGCCAUUUGUGGCCCGGGAUGAGAAUGAUGAGUUUGAGCUCACAGGAAAAGUGGAGGCAGAGCUCCAUCUAUUGACCACGGAGGAGGCAGAGAAAAAUCCAGUCGGCCUCGGGCGUAAUGAACCUGAGCCACUUGAGAAACCAAAUCGUCCAGACACCAGUCUAAUGUGGUUCAUGAACCCUCUGAAGUCCAUUCGAUACUUCAUUUGGCACAACUACCGCUGGCUGAUCCUGAAGGCUCUGGCCCUGCUUCUACUCCUUCUCCUCGUUGGGCUCUUCCUCUACUCUAUUCCUGGAUACCUGGUUAAGAAACUCUUAGGGGCGUGAGGGGAGAUGGGAAGACCACUGGUAGCCCACUAUCACUGCCUCUGCUUUCUCUGCUUUCUGUCUCUCUCUGAGCCAUUCACAAUGCAUUUCUGUCUUUUUGCUACUCAUACUGUCUUUAAAGGCCUACAACUCGGACCUGAUGGAUUGUGUGUGAUAAAGUGUUUUUCAUUUGGUCAUUAUCAUUCCAUCUCUUACUUAUGUUGUACUUUAGGGCUUUGUGUUUAUCAUUUGUCUCGAGUUUUCUGUUCCAGUUUUAUUAAUUAUGGAUUUUAUUUUAUAUUAUUGACUGUCUGCUACUAUGCUUUAUGAACAUAACUUUGGUUGCCUGAUGUGUAAGUGCACUGCUCUGAGCUCAAUCCAUUGCAAAUUUAAAGUAUCAUGCACAUAUGCGAUUUUUACCAGCUCUGUGGGAUAGUUCACACAGAAAUGAAAAAUUGUGUCAUCAUUUACUCACCCUAGUUUCCUUCCAAACCAGUUAGACAUUUUCUUUCUUCUGUGAAAAACAAAAGUAGUAAAAAAAAGUGUCUAUAAUGUGGAAGUCAAUUGGAAUAUAUUAUUUUGUGUUCAGAAGAAGAAAUAGUCAUACAGGUUUGAAAAGAUACUCAAGAUAUUAAGACGUUUUUAUUUUGAGUGAACUAUCAUUAAAUGGACAAUAUGCCUUAAAGACAUUUAAAACUUUGCAAUCAUCUUAUUAACCACUAACAUUUGUAUUACUCUCUUCCUCCAUCAUUCUUUUCACCUUUCAACUCACCACCUCUGCAAUCCCUGCAAUCUCUCCAAUCCCUUCACCACCACCACUACUUCCAAUCACAGCCGGCCUGACACCACCUUCCUGUGGUUUUUGAGCCCACUGAAAGCCAUCCGCUAUCUGAUAUGCAACCGCUACAAAUGGCUCAUCAUCAAGAUCAUCUUAGCUCUGCUGCUGCUAGUCAUGGUGGGCCUGUUUCUCUACAGCAUGCCAGGCUAUCUGGUCAAGAAGCUGCUCAGGGUCUAAAGAGGGGUCAGAAGGGUUCAUUUAAGAAAUUCUGAUUUGACCUUGCUCUCUGAAGUGGCCCUUUUCUAAUAUUUGAUUACAACUUGCAGCACUUCUUUUAUUUUUACAACAUCUUAAGAGUUUACCAUCCCUCAUAGUUGCACUCAAAGCAUAAGGUAUCAAAUAUCUUGACUUUUUCUGUAUCAAUUUGCAUGUCUAACCCAAAAAAAGAUCAGUUAACUAAUCUUUCUAUUUAUGCACUUCAAGAAUAACUGGUCACAGUUAGGGAGUAAGUCACUCUAACUGGUCACUCUCUUUAGGGAGAAAAAGAAAGCAGUGAAGUGUCUAUUUUUGGUACGAAAUAAACUAAACUGGACUAGCAUUUCUGGUAUAUAUUUCUGGCAUAUGUUCAUAUUAAUGCAUUGCUUCAGAUUAUUGGAUUGGAUUUUGUUGUUAUUGUCAACAUGUGUAUAUGUUGCUGCUAAAAGCACAAUAAGCAUGCAAGUUUGUCUAAAGAAAGAUGAGUUGUUCAUCAGAAGCUACAAUCUUAUAAAUGUAAUGAUAGGCUUGUAGGCCUCAUAUAUACAGUAUGUAAUUUGGUUACAGUUUGCCUUGAUGUUUGCACUUUCAUUGUCCUACUCUGGUAAGAUAAUGUUGUUUAUCCUUUAGAGGAACACUGACAGUAGUCGGGGAAUGCCAUUUCAUUUGGCAUUUCAAGUUUAAAGAACAUAUGAAUGUGAUAGAAUGUGAAUUAUAUGUCCUACUAUUGUUUUUGCUUGCUGUGUGCAUUGUACUUUUUGCUUGCUAUUUAAUGUGGCUCUAUUUAAUGAAUGGUAAAUUUGACCGUGGAACUGUUUGCACUGACUUUAGCUUGUUAAUAUAAAAAGAGUGUAUUUUUAAUUCUUGUUUACAUGUGUGCAAUAUGGAUUGAUUUAUUUUUGUCAGUACGAAGACUUAAUAAAAUGAACUCAUUAAAAUAAAA